UAAAGAAAAAUACGUGGUAUGUAAUAUAGCUCACAGAUUCGGCCGAAAGUGUGAAGGACGAAAGUGCAAACGCUGAGGUUUGGGUUCCGUUUUGGGCUCCCUGUGGCUCCAGGUAGAAGUGGAGCGACGCUAGAAUGAGUGCUAGGAUGGCAACGGUUAUGCCUGUGAGUCUGCGUGGUGCCUCACAAAUGUGUGCGGAGGUGGUGUUGACCGAGAACCUCAGUGGCCCGGGUUCCGAGGGCCCACAAGCCCUCACCAGGCCCCGCUUCUCCCCAGUGAAACCCAGGGCUCCCGGAAACCUCACGGUUAACGCCACCGACUCCCACACGUGGCAGCUGGCCUGGAGCGACCCGUACCCUCCCAAUGGUAGUCUGCACGCCAAGCUCUUCUACCUGGUCAACAUUUCAAAUGAAGACGACCCCACGGAGUUCGUAGUCAGUAAUGUGACCUACAGGGAGCACACCCUCCGCGUCCCAGCCAGCACCCUGAAGCCCGGGGCCCUCUACAGCGCGCGGGUGCGGGCCUGGGCUCCGAGCUACAACAGCCUGUGGAGCGAGUGGAGCCCCCGCGCCCAGUGGCUUAACGACUACGAGUGGCCCUGGGAGCAGCACCUCCCACUUGCCGUCGGCAUCUCCUGCAUCAUCAUCAUGGUCGUCUGCCUGUCCUGCUACUUCAGCAUCCUCAAGAUUAAGAAGGAAUGGUGGGACCACAUCCCCAGCCCAGCCCACAGCUCCCUCAUGGCUGUUGUCAUCCAGGAGCCUCAGGUGCCACUGCCGGGGAAGAGGUCCGGGGGCCAGGAACCAGCCAAGUGCCCGUACUGGAAGACGUGUCUGACGAAGCUCCUGCCCUGCUUACUGGAGCCUGGCGUGGAGAGGGGUGACGGUUCCUCCCAGGCGGCCAGGAGCGGGCCUGUCCAGGGCCCUGGGAAACCAGCCUGGCGCCCCGUGGAGGUCAGCAGCGCGGUCCUCUGCCCGGAGAGCAUCAGCGUGGUGAAGUGCGUGGAGCUGCUCGAGGCCCCGGUGCAGAGUGAGGAGGAGGAGCCGGUGGAGGAAGAUGGAGGGAGCUUCUGCCCCUCGCCUGAGAGCAGCGGGGGCGGCUUCCAGGAGGGCAGGGCGGGCAUCGCGGCCCGGCUGACGGAGAGCCUGCUCCUGGACCUCCUUGGGGGCGCGGAGGGGGGCUUUUGCCCGCCAGGCUCGGGGGAGCCCUGCCUUCUUCCUCCGUCAGCAGGUGUGAGUGCUCAGAUGCCUUGGGCUGAGUUACCAGGUGAGGCGCCUCAGGAGGCCUCACUGCGGGGCAGUGGGCAGCCUUUUGACCCAGAGCUGCUCCCAGCCACUCGGACGCAGAGCCCAGCCUGUCCGGCUGUCGCAGAGCUGCCCGCAGCCACCAUCACCGACAACCCCGCGUACCGCAGCUUCAGCAGCUUGCUGCGCCCGCCCUCGGGUCCUGGAGAGCUGGACUCAGACCCACAGCUGGCCGAACGCCGGGAGGACGGGGACCCCAACGUCCUCUCUGCUCCCUGGGGCUCUGAGCCACCCGUUGCGCUCCAACCUGAGCCGGAAACCUGGGAGCAGGGCCUGCGGUGGAGCGUCCUCCAGCACAGGGCGGCCGCCCCCGCCUCGGCGCCCGGGGACUACCGGCAGUUCGCGCAGGCGGUGAGGCAGGGCUGUGCCCAGGGCGGCGAGGCGGGCGGCCCUUCCGGAGAAGCCGGGUACAAGGCCCUCUCUAGCCUGCUGGCCAGCGGUGCCGUGUGCCCAGCGCCACCUGGGGUGGAGGCCAGCAGUGGGGAGGGGGGCUACAGGCCCUUCCAGGGCCUCACUUCUGGCAGCCCUGGGGUGCCUGCCCCUGUCCCCCUGUUCACCUUUGGGCUGGACAUGGGACCACCUCCCAGCCCUCAGAACUCGCUCCUCCCCAGCGGCUUCCCGGAGUGCCCGGGUCUGGAGCCAGUGGUGUGGGGAGAGGACAGCCAGAAGCGCCCGCUCGCCCUGGAGCAGGCCACGGCCCCCCUCGGGGACGACCUGGGCAGCUGCAUCGUCUACUCGGCCCUCACCUGCCACCUGUGCGGCCACCUGAAGCAGUGUCACGGCCAGGAGGAGCGAGGUGAGGCCCACGGCGUGGCCCCCCGCUGCUGUGGCUGUCGCUGUGGAGGCAGCUCCGAGCCCCUGGGGCGCCCCCUGCCAGGCGGGGUUCUGCUGGAGGCCAGCCUCCCUCCGGCCUCCCUGGCACCCUUGGGUGUCUCAGAGGAGGGCAAGGCCCCCCUGUUCUUCCAGCCAGGCCCCAGCCAUGCUCAGAGCUCAAGCCAGACCCCCCAAAUGGUGGCCAUGCUCUCCACGGGGCCCACAGGCAUGAGUGCGUCCUAGGUGUGCGCCCCGUUGCUGUGUGUGCCUCGGCCCUGCCUGUGAAACACCCCCACCGCCCCCCGGAGGGGAGCCAGGCUGGCGUGGCUGAGACUCAGAGAAGCCCAUGUGAAGUGAGGCUGUCAGACCCCGGGCCACAGAGGCUGGACCCUGUCCUCAACACUGACGGAGGGAGGUGUGGGCCGCGGGCCAGGAGGUGCGGGAGUGGGGAGCCACCUGCAGGCCCUGGAGGCUCCGGGCACCUGGGCUGUGAGCGAGCUGUUGGCCUCUUGAUCAGUCCACGCUUCUCCGCGCACUGCCCCUGUCACGCCGCCCAAGGCCUGCUUGUCCACCUGGUCACUCGGUUGCCCAUGUCUUGCCCGGCCCCGGGACUAGCUGCUGCCAUGUCACUGGACUGGACGCUGAGCCUAGGAACUAACCCAGCAACGGGGACGCAUUGGGAGCUUUGGGGGACGGAUGGGAAAUCCGGGUCCCGGAGGCGUGGUGAUCAGCCCAGAGGUGCCAUCCAUUCAACAGCUCCAUUAGGUGAACAGGAGCAGGAUCUGGGCUGUGGAGGGCGCUUAGCCAAGCAGGGGUACCAGAAGCACACGAAAAACGGUGAUUACCACGCAGUGACAGUUUGCUGGGGGCCCUGGUAGGUGUGGGAUCCCCAGAAUAAACACACCCAGCUACCUUGGGCCGGUCUGUGCCUCGCAGACACCGUGGCUGGCAGCCACAGAGACCAGAGGGAGAGCUUCGCCCUGAGAUCCGGCUGAGCGGGGCGUUCCAGACGCCGACACCAGGCACCUUUUGCCUGCACGCUGGCCCGGACUGCACGCUGAGUAAUGUGUGUGUGUGUGUUUGUGUGCGUCCCAAAGAUUGUUGAAACCUAAUAUUUGUAUUUGCUGAGGAGGCUGGAAUGGGAGGGGGUGGAGUUUUAUAUAAGUAAAGGUUCUUUAUCUCUUUUUUUACUUAUGAAACAAGCCUACUGCCAUUGUGA